CGUGUCGCGUGCGCGUAUUAUAACCUUCACGUACGGAUGAUCCAACGUCUUCGAGAUCUGAAUCUUCUCCUCGUCUCGUAUUAUCCCAUCUUUCCCGGCGCAGGAGAUGACGAGCCGCGCGGCUCAUUUUCCGCUUUCUUUCCCUCGACGACGCCGGGGUACGUCGCGAAAAGGACUCGUGAACAUCACGCUCGUGGACGAUGACAUACCCGCGGGCGACGUAUGUAAUUAUCGGAGUCGGUACUCUUCUACAUCGAUUUGAUUGUCGCGCGAGCGUCGUACGUAAAUAUAUCUACAUAAUCUUUGAAACUUUUGUAAUUGAGAGAUCUUAUCGUCAUCAUCAUCAUCGUGUGCAGCAUGUUAGACGCCUCGUUAAAAAGCUUAGAGUGCGCGCGCGCGCAGCCGACUACAUACACACAUAUAUAUAUAUUUCGCGAGGUCUUUUUCUGAGUGUAGGAGGUUGGUAGGUUGAGAGAGGAGAGAGAGAGAGAGAGAGAGAGAGAGAGAGAAACGGUGUGCGCGGAGGAUCGAAACCAACGACUGGACGCUGAUGAAGUGACUGACUGGUACUCGUGUACGCUAACGAUCGACUGCGCGGCGGACCGCGGUGGACUCAUGGAAGGCACGUUGGAGGAGCCUGGUAUUAAGGAUUCGUCUAGGAGUAGUCCCGACAGGCACUUGAAAGAUAUGAUUAUUCCAAAUGGUGUCAAUGGAAACUAUAGCGCUGACAAUGAAGAGUACAUGGAUAUUAGUGAUAACACAAACAAAAAUGUAUCAAAAGAAUUUGAAGAUGAAGAGGGUGACGAAGAAGAUGAGGAUGAUGAAGAGGAAGGGGAUGAUGACGAGGAUGGUCAAGAUGAAGGAGAAGUCGAAAAUCAAGAAAAAAAAGAUGAAGAUAGCGAGCGAAAUGAAGCACUAGGUAACUAUAGUCAGGAGAGUGAAAUAUUUGACUCAAGAAAUGACUUUAAAGUAUCCAAAUUGUUGGAUGGUGUCAGUGAGAUGAACAAUUCUAGUGAAGUGUCUAAAACUAAAUCUGAGUGUAAAAACACAGCUUCUUGUGAAGCUAUGGAAGUAGAUGAACAGAGUAAUAACUCUGAUGUCGAGUGUCUCGAUGAAAACAUUACGGAAAUACAAUUGGAUAAUGACGAUGUAUUCAUUUCGAAAAAACUUAUCGAAAAGCAAGAUAAUGAUAUGUCGUCAAACUGUAGCUGUGACAGUGAUGAACUUGCUGAUAGCAGCAUAGAGAAGUCGGAUGUCAAACUUUGCGAAGAGAAUGGAAGCUGUGACAGUCCAGAUAUUGAAGAAAUAACAGAUAGUGCAAAGAACAAUGGUCAUAAUGCUUCCGAUCCACGUGCUCUCAAAGAUCCCACAAAACAAAGAAAACCUCGAAAGCAAUUAGAUCUUAGUAAUAUUACGCCUAGAAGAAGUACGCGCAAUAUUAAACGGACAAGCUAUAUAGAGAAAGAAUUAGAAGAGGAAGUGGACGACGAUGGAUCUGAUAUAGAAGAGAUUAAACCAGAAGAUCCAUUAGCUGGUAUCGACAGUAAGGACAAGGAAAAUUCUAAACUGAAAUCACCAGUGAAAAACAGUAAUAAAACUACCAUCGUUGUUAACGACACUAAACGUCUGGUAGAGAUUGCUGCUGGUAGUAAAUCUAUCAAGGGUGGAAAGAAAGAACCUACAUUAGUCAUAAUAGAUACAAAUUCGAUUCUUUCAGGGCGCGGUGGAGUCCCUGUGAGUAAUAGCAAGCCUCAUCAUUCUAUUUCCAAUUCUAGCUCGUUUUCAGUUGUCCCAGUGGGUGGUAUGACAACGCAGACGAUGUAUCCCAAUAUGAGGACGACUAUUACACCAGUACCAAUGACUUCGAAGACGGCGGCACAAUUGAGUCCAAAAACCAGUAGUAUGACUACGGUUACGCCGACAAUACCGCCAAUUUUACCGACACUGACCGAUGACAUGUUUGUGGUUGAAGCACCAUCUUUCAUAGUACCUUAUGUAUACGAGAAACCACCUCUAAGACCGUUAAAAGAAUUUGUCGCUAAAUUGGAGAAAAACAUUGAAGAGAGGGAAAAGGAAGAGAAGUUGAAAAGAGUCAUCGACGAAAAUAAAGAUAAUGAAGAGCAUAAGGAGGAUUCUUUAGAUAUUAAUAAAAAGAGCAAUGAAAAGUCUGAUGAGAGUGAAAGCGAGGGACGAAGCAAGAGAGAAGGAGACGAUAGAGGAAGUGACAAUUCAAUAGACCUGACCGAGCAUGGAUUUAGUAGUAUAAGUGAUAGACAAGGCGAACUAAGGCAAGAUGACAGAACUAAAGUACCGACGUACUUUGAUUUGCCAUUGGGCAAGUUUUUCUCGCAGAUCGGAACGAAUCUUGUAGAGGAGUUUGUACAAACUGAUCUCUUACGGACUCAAAAACGUAAGCAAGGCAAGGGUACCACAUCGGUCGAAACUCAAUUAGCUAUAAAUUCGCUUAUCAAAAAUCUAGAGUUUAGUAAAGAGAAUAACGAACCAUUCCAUUUAGAGAUGAAAAAAUGCGAAUUCUGUAGUUUUAAAACAGAAUCGAUAUUAGUCAUGCAGCAUCAUUUAGAGACUCCACAUAUGCGCAACUAUGUUUACAAGUGUAACUUCUGUCCGAUGGAGGUUCGCAGUCCCCACGAUAUUCUAUACCACAUGGAGGCAGAGCAUAAUACUCGUGGUAGAUUGGAGCGUGGCCCGGCUUUCCAUCAGUGUCCGAAUUGUCCGUUCGAGGACAAUCAGAAGGGUAAAUUAACACGGCACAUUCUCGCCUGUACGAAGAAGUUCAGACCGGAGAGAAACUUGGAGCCUGCCGCAGACUGGGAGCCACCGGCUAAAAUACCGAGAUUAAAUCGUGCGCGACCCGUCGGCCCGACUAAUCCUAACGCGCUCGCCGCUAUGGCAAUGAGCGCUAAGGGACCGCAACCGCUGCUACCAAAAUUACUACCAGCACCGAUCACAGGCCGUGGAAGAGGGCGACCGCCGAUGCAGCCGAGAUAUUCCGAUCUAAAAACGUUGCGACCGGGUGCCACUGCAAUGCGACAAGACAAUGUUGCAGGAAUGAUGUAUCGUCCUACAUCUUCCGGUUUAUUGGUACCUACGUCAUACCAGUUUGGUAGUAAUCAAAUAUUCCAGGUGGUGGGUGGUUCUGGGACUGUCAUGUCGGCUGUCUCGGGAGUGAGUAGCAGUAGCGGCGGCAGUUCCGGUCAACCCACACCAAUUGCACUUGUACCCAACGUAAUCGACUCUCUGUCUAGGUUGUCCUCAUCACAGAACACAACAACCAGUCCGAAAAAUCCCACAGCGAAGUUGUUGAGUCAGCCGAGUAUAUCUAUUACUCCAUUACCACGUACGACAUCUCAAACCUCCAUUCCAGGAUCAGGAACUUCUUCAAAAUCUGGAGGAAAAAAUACAUUUGUUAUAUGUGAAAUUUGUGAUGGAUAUAUUAAGGAUCUAGAACAAUUACGAAAUCACAUGCAAUGGAUCCACAAAGUAAAAAUACAUCCAAAGAUGAUUUAUAAUAGACCUCCAUUAAACUGCCAGAAAUGCCAAUUCCGAUUUUUUACAGAUCAGGGUUUGGAAAGACACUUGUUAGGAUCUCAUGGGCUGGUCACAUCCAGCAUGCAAGAAGCGGCGAAUAAAGGGAAGGAUGCAGGUCGUUGUCCGGCUUGUGGCAAGGUAUAUCAAUGGAAAUUAUUAAAUCAUGUUGCUCGAGAUCACGGGAUGACAUUAAAGCCGGCACAUCUAUCGUAUAAGUGUACAGUUUGCACUGCCACAUUCGGAAUGUACAAGCAAUUCGAGAAUCAUGUGUACUCGGCGCACAGUGUCGUAGCGAAGAGAGUAAUGGAUAAGAAGAAUGCGCCUGCAUCUCCAUCGUCCAGAUCGAAUGACUCGCUUUUAAAACCAUUGAAGAUUAACGAUGAGAUUACAAUUAUCCCGCAACCGGCGAAACCCACAACUAGAUCCGGUGCGACUCAAGGCAGGGGAAAAUAGCAAUGAUGAGCUUGAGUGAUACUUGUGUCUUGUCCGAUCGAAUUUUGCAUAACUUUUUGUGGUACUCCAUACCGAUCACUGACAAAUGUACAGUGAUUAUGUGCCGUGUACAUGUGUAUACUAUGCUUAAGACGCGAAUUUUAAAAACAUCUAAAGGGGAGAAAAAGAAAAGAAAACACGACUUUAACGACAGGAAUCUAAUUGACUGCGUAACAAUAUUCCAUCAAUGAUUACACCGAUAUAUUUAUUUAAGAAUUUUUAUUGUUGUUAUCGGACCUACAUAAAAUAGACUGUAAAAAAACAUUAAAGGGUGGCCUUCAGUCUGACUCCUUGGUUAACUCCUAGAGCUGCAUACUCCCGACCUAUAAACGCCUAUGUGUAACACGGACUCUCUCGCACACGAUGUAGUAUAUCUACAUUCGAUACGUCGUAACGCGUGCGGUUUAUUCUCUUACAUAGUGAAUUCUCUAUAAUGUAAAUUCUUUUUCUAAGAUAAAUAUAUAUUCGAAUUUAUUCUAUUUUGUUAUUGACGCUAAUAUGACUACUCGCGGGAUAAUGAAGCUGUCCUCAAUCUCGAGUUUGAUAAAACAUCAUGUUUGUGGAGCGGUUUCCGAAUGAUAUACGAUGCGAUAAAUUGUACUAAUUGACCAGAGUGCCCUCGACUGUCACGCGAAUCUAUAGUACACAGGUACUAAUGACAAGUGUAUACUAGCUACUAUGCGAUUUUAAAAUCGUAUAUAUACUAUACUCUCAUUUCUCACUAUCAUACGUUUUUUUAAUUAACAGUUAGUGAAAUUAUUGUCAUUAUUUUUAUUUAUGAUAAUUCAUGAAAAAAUAUAUUUCAUGUGUGUAUAUGGAAUAAUUUAUGAUGUAUAACACGAGAAACAAUUUUAUUUUUUUUUAAUUGGAAUUUGUGUAAAUUGUAUAUCUAUUACUACAUAAGUUUGACACCCCAUCCCCCCUUUAGCCACGUAUAUUGUAAUAAAAAGCAGAAAAUAUUCGGUUUUAUUUUUGCGCUCUUAUAAGAACAAACAAAAAUGUACAUUAAUAUAGGAUAUAAUAUAAAGAAAUAUAUCAAUAAAAUAGGAUGGCACACAAAUACACAUAUUCGUGUAUACAUUUUUUCUGAUAAACGAUAAACGUGAAUAUAAAACGGAACAUUGAUCCUGUUAGCACACAACGCGACGCGUACAUCUACAUUUAUAUAUGUAUAUAUAUAAUAUAAAACGUUCGCAAAAACACAAGAUAUUAUAUAUAUAAAUAUGUAAAAUUAUAAUAGUAUAGAGCAAUAGUGUAGUACAAGAAGAGACUAUUCAUUUCAUUUUCUUCUUGUAUACACUCCAGAACGAUUAUAGGAUUACAUCAAUAUGUAGAUAGUCGUUAAAAAAAUUAACGCGGAUUUAAUUUAGUAAUUUCAAUUUGUCCCGAUAAUUUUUAUACGUUAUUGUAGGAUAUAAUUUUAGAGGAAAAAAAUCGUAAUCAGUGAAAAAAAGAAAUAUAAGAUAGUGCAUUUUUGCACUGUAUGGCUGUAUUAUUUAAUUCUGCUAACUUGCCAAACGCUUACGGCAAGCCAUGUUGGUAAAACUAAGAAACAGACAUAAUUACAGAAAUAUAUAGUUUAUUGUAAUAAUUUGUACAAUAUUAUAUGAUUACAAAAAUAAAGUGUACCAACAUUGAAUUAAAA